AGAAGGUUCAUCAAUUGAGAGAGUUAGCUGCAAAGCAUGAUCCAGCUUGCAAGGUAUGUAGUACAGCAUGCUCCAAACACACACACAGCAUGAGAUAAUGAAAAGUGGAAUUAUGCAGGAAGUAGAUGAAGCGACACUGAGAAAAUUUCUUCGUGCUCGUGAUCUUGACAUCGAGAAGGCUUCCGUGAUGCUGAUCAAGUACAUGGCAUGGAGGCGAAAAUUCGUCCCAAGGGGCUCGAUUUCGGCAUCUGAGGCUCCCAAUCACAUAGCACACAACAAGGUGUUUAUGCAAGGCACGGAUAAGAGAGGCUGUCCCGUUGCACUCGUUUUCGGUGCUAAGCAUUUUCCCAGCAAAGGAACCUAUGAAGAACUCAAACGUUAUGCAGUGUUUGGUUUGGAUAAGAUAUGCUCGAGAAUUCCUUAUGGAGAGGAGAAGUUCACAAUAAUUGUGGAUCUUGAAGGAUUUGGCUACUUCAACAGCGUUGUUCGAGGGUAUAUUGCAGUUCUCUCCAUUUUACAGGAUUAUUACCCGGAAAGACUCAAGAAACUAUUCUUUGUUCACGUAUCGUACGUAUUCAUGACAGCGUGGAAGCUUGUGUACCCAUUUGUUGACAAAAAUACCAGAAAAAGGUCAUUUUCGACUUCACAUAAGCUUUGA